AUGGGCUGGCUUUCCUCCCUCUUCUCCCUCGACAAGACCCCCCAGCGUCCUCGCACAGGCCAGGUUUUUUCGUCCACCCAUGAGGCUUUCUCCCUCCCAACAUCGUCCCCCGUCUUCGCCUCCCACCCAGACGCAUUCAACCCCGACACUCUGAACACUCCAGAUCCAGAAAGCGCACGCAGCCCAGCAACGUACACAUAUCCACCGCAGGGUCCUGGUGCAUAUGGAUACAUUCCGUCCUCUGCUGGCUUCGGCUCGCGACCAGCCUCUUCGUCUCUUUUGCCGACACACAUGGACCCCUUGCACACUCCACUCUCUGCCUACCCGCCGCUCUCCAAGUCGUGGGCGCGCAUCCGCAAUUGGUUAAGCAGAGAGUACCCUGAACUCGGUGACACCCUCAACUACGGAAUCCUACCGCAGGACCUCGCGCAGAUCGAGAUGCAGUUUGGAUUCGCGCUGCCUGGCGUCGUCCGCGAGUCAUAUCUGUGCGUCGACGGCCAGGAGGCCGAGUCCGCUGCCGGCUGCUCCGAGGGGCUCUUUUUUGGGUUGACCCUCCUUCCUUUGGAGAGCGUGCUCGAAGAAUGGAGGUUCUGGCGAGAAGUUGAUCACGACCCUUCAACAGGCGCAAACCUGAAGCUUCGCGAGUCGAUGCAGUCCCUUCCGCCCAAUUGGGUCAGGAAGGAGUACUCCCAACGCGGUUGGAUCCCACUCAUCGCCGACAAGGUUGGAAAUUAUGUCGGUGUUGACCUCAACCCUGCGGAAAGCGGAAGCCCUGGCCAGGUUAUCGUGUUCGGACGCGAUUUCGACACCAAGGUCGUGCUGUGGAGAGGUGACGGGCCAACAGGCUGGGCAAAGUGGUUGGCCAGCUUCGCCGAGGAGCUUGAGAGUGGAGAGGGUUUCGAAAUAGGAAACAAUGAUGCCAGCGAGGGAAGUGAGGACGAGCUCGGAUACGAGAAUUACUUCUACGAUGGCAAUGGUCGUGGACAAGGGGACGGUGGUGGCGACAAUGGCGCUGGUGGGCUGCAUUACACUGGCGAGUAUCGUGGUUGGAGUGUGCUGGAGGCAUGGGCCGACCGGAGUUUGAGAAAAUGGCAUGAAGCAGGGGUGAUACCGGACGAAGCUCUUAUGCCUCCUGAGGAGCUGGUCAACAAAAAGCCUGAGGACCUCGAUAUCGUGGACAUCUCGCAACAAGGCUCAGGGGUCGAAAUUCCAAUACCUAUUCUCAGCAGUUCACAUGAACACAUCCCUUCACCCACCGUCGGCGCGCUAAAUCAUCACUCACGGGAAUCCCAAUCCGGACCCUCUUCCAGCAAACAGAAGAACAAGGCUCCUGCUCACGUACCCACUAUCUCUGUCACAAAACCACCUGCACCACGUCCCGUAGAACUGCCGACGUUUAGCGAUAUCGCACCGUUCCCGUCGCCUCCAGAGUCAGGACAUUCCUCUUUGGAGGACCUAGAGACGGGUCGGAUGUCGACUGGGAUGAGAGAGGCUUCGGAAGACGUUGGGCUGGUCACGGCUACACGGAGGACGGGCAAGUCGCCCAUCCGUCGCGAGACCUCUGAUACAAUUGGUUCUGCUCUUCCGCCGACACCACCGCCUUCUGAUACACAACUCGCGUCUUCGAAACACUCAACUUCCAAGUCCCCGUCGCCCGCCCCUCCUAUCAUCCCUGAUCUUCUAGAGGACUCGGUUCCAGCUGCGAUCGAGAAGAAGCCGCUGGAGCCGCUCGCUGUACCGCAGAACGUUACUUCUUCAUCAGAGAAUGUACCGCAGGUUCAGCUGGAGCUGACACAGGCUACUUCGUCAACUUCUACACACGUCCUAGAAGAGGAGGAAGACGACGCGCCGCCGGACACGACGAUCAGGCUCAUCGGCGGCGGAGGCGAGUCUGGGAUUGCACAGAGCCCAGUGGAGAUGACACACGAGGAGGCGGCGGAUGCUCAGGUGGAAGUGGAGGCUGAGGCAGCUGCGCCGCAAGACGGCGAGGCGGCACCGGAGGUGACGAGCGCCAACAAGAAGGACGAGAAGGCCCACAAGAAGACGAAGAGUAGCUUGGCGAGCUUGAAGAGGAUCAGCCAGAUCGCCGGCGGCAGCAAGAAGAAAGAUUCGACAUCAGGCAUCAAGGAGGUGGUCUCCACCUCUUCGAAGUAA